AUCGACGAAGGGUACAGUCGAAGAAAGGUCAAGGUCAGCGAAAAUGGCAGCGGCAACGAAUAAACGUGUUGUUUACGUCGGGGGGUUGGCUGAAGAAGUAGAGGCAAAGAUUCUGCAUGCGGCCUUCAUUCCUUUUGGAGACAUCACUGACAUUCAGAUCCCAUUAGAUUAUGAGACUGAAAAACACAGAGGCUUUGCCUUCAUUGAAUUUGAACUACCAGAAGAUGCUGCAGCAGCUAUUGACAAUAUGAAUGACAGUGAGCUGUUCGGGCGGACCAUCAGAACUAACCUAGCCAAACCCAUGAAGAUCAAAGAGGGCUCCAUGAAACCAGUGUGGUCGGAUGAUCAGUGGCUGAAGGAGCAUGCUGGUGAGACGUUGAACAAGAACAAAGGUGUGGAGGGUGAGGAGGAGACUGGGAAGAGGACAACAGAAGAUACAGACACGACUGGUCAACCUGCAAUGAAGAAGUCGCGUGGGAACCCGCAAGUUUAUUUUGAUAUCAAAAUAGGGAAGAAAGAUGUUGGUAGAAUUGUCUGUGAACUAAGGGCAGAUGUUGUUCCUGUCACAGUAGAAAAUUUCCGAUGUCUGUGCACAAAUGAAAAAGGCUUCGGAUACGAGGGAAGCAGUUUCCAUCGAAUCAUCCCUCAAUUUAUGUUGCAAGGGGGAGACUUCACAAAUCAUAACGGCACAGGUGGCAAAUCAAUAUACGGGAAAAAAUUUAAAGAUGAAAAUUUUGUUUUAAAACACACAGCUCCGGGCACCUUAUCUAUGGCCAACUCCGGUCCAGACACCAAUGGCUCACAGUUCUUUAUAUGCACAGAAAAAACUGAUUGGUUGGAUGGGAAACAUGUCGUGUUUGGUCGCGUGACUGAAGGCAUGAAUGUCGUAAGAGCAAUGGAGAAUGUUGGUUCAAAAUCUGGAAAAACAAGUCAAAAGGUUACGAUAUCCGACUGUGGUGAAUUAGUGUGACAUUCGUAAUUUGGUGACUCUUCGACAAAUGUAGCUGGACAUUCUAUAUAACCAUAUUGCCAGGAUGAACAACGACGUCUUGAAUUCAUAUGUAGACUGUCUGUCACUCUCCGAAGUGUCCGAUCCAGCUUCUGGUGUACUCAGCACCAAGUCUUAAGCUCAGGGAUGGGCUUGCAUUUUGGCUCCACCCCCUGGUCUCGAUUUUAGAACAGAGACUCGCCAGUCACGGAAUACAAUUGUGGAGCCGGAAUUUCUUUAGCCAUGUCCAAAACCACCUUGCAAAGGCUAGCAAAGAUUAUAAUUGAGAUCAGAAUAGUAUGAUGCUACGUGUGGUGGCACAUGGUGGUGACCAUGGUCACUAUCCCCCAACUACCUAAACCCGAAGUUGUCCCUUUAAGCAUUUAAACUUCAUGACAUAGACUUUAUGUGUCCAUUUAAACAAGCUGGGCUUCUGUAGUUACUGGUACUGCUCUGCAUGGUCCUUCAACACCACUGCUCUAGUGUUUGGACAAGUCACUUGUGGUUUGUAUUGGGUCAAUGGUUUGUUUUCCACUCAGGAUAGCUGCUCGAGUGCUGGUUGUAUUUACUUCAAGUGGCUCCAGAGCAUUUGCCUAUUGUUUACUCAAGAUGACUGAUACAAAUGUAUGAACCCGUUGUUCAAUAAAAUAUUUUCAUCCGAAUUA